GCGUUUCGCUACAGAAACAAGAUGCCUUCCGCGCAUGCCCGCUGGUCGGUCUCAACUGCCGCUGUAGGAAUAGUAAAAUAGCCGUCUCAAGCAAACAAAGUGUGAAAUCCGGAUUUGACGGGGGCUUAUAAACCCAAAGUGACACACAGAGAAACGCAGGAGGAAUUUUAUUUCUUAAAAAAAUAUAUUCUGCUCUCUUUUUUUUGGUCACCCAAGGACGGCAGCUACAGCAGGAGGAGGAGUUAGCGGCGUGUUUCCGCUAAGAGCAGGCCGAGACGGUAAUCUAUGCAGCCGCACUGAGAAUUACAAAACAGCGGCAGACCAGUUGGCAGCUACUGCGCGAAAUAGUUUGACUGAAAUUUGUUUAAUCUUCGGGGACUUUUGGUUGUUCGUAUCGGGAGGCUAAACAACGAGAGAGUGAGUGGCAGCUGGACUGUCAGCGAUGGAAGCUGAAUUUCGGGAAAUCGAUGAAAACGGCAGCUGGAACGCCAUUUAUCAGGAGAUUCGGCAGCAGUCGAGUGAAUUCCCUUGUAAGGUUGCCAAAUCACCUGAAAACAAGACUCGGAAUCGAUACAGAGACGUUAGCCCGUUUGAUCACAGCAGAAUACGUCUGCAGUUAGGUACAAAUGACUACAUUAAUGCCAGCCUAAUAACAGUAGAAGAGGCACGGAGGAACUAUAUCCUUACUCAGGGACCCCUACCAAGUACAUGUGGCCAUUUCUGGGAAAUGGUGUGGGAGCAGAGGACCCGUGGUGUAGUGAUGCUGAACCGGGUCAUAGAGAAAGGCUCUAUUAAGUGUGCCCAGUACUGGCCAGAGAGAGAGGAGAGAGAUGCCAUCUUCGAAGACACCAAUUUCAAGCUCACCCUCGUCUCUGAAGACAUCAAAUCUUAUUACACCGUCCGUCAGCUGGAGUUGGAAAAUCUGUGUACUCAAGAGACUCGUGAGAUUCUGCAUUUUCACUACACGACCUGGCCCGACUUUGGGGUGCCGGAGUCUCCUGCAUCUUUCCUCAACUUCCUGUUCAAGGUGCGAGAGUCGGGCUGUCUGAAUUCAGACCAGGGACCAGUGGUGGUGCACUGCAGUGCUGGAAUUGGGCGCUCUGGGACCUUUUGCCUCGUGGACACCUGCCUCUUGUUGGAGUCAUGGAGAGCGCAGUCCAACGAGGAAGAUGAUCCUCCCGAGUUCACCCCUCCUCCUCCUCUUCCUCCUCCCAGAGACCCUCAGAAUGGCAAAGCAGAGCCGUCCUUUUUCCCUGAAGAGAUCAUCCGAGCAACAGAGACCUACAGUCUGGGCUCCUCAGAAAAAGUUCGAAAAAGGAUGCCAGCUGCUGACUCCCAGCCUGCUGCUGACCUCCAGCACGCUCGUGACGGUGUUGCUCAGUCCGACGGCCAUUUGGAGAUCCACGAUGAUACCUCCUUUCCGAACAAAUCUGAGCAGCAGCCAAAGGAAAACUCUCCCAUGCCGGGGACUUGGUCCCCACUACUAACCAAAGUGUGCCUGUGCACAGCGCUGGCUCUCAGUGCUUUCGCCUGCUAUCGAGCCUAUUUCCACUGAUGCCCUUCUUCCCCGUCUCUCCACUGACGUUGCAAAGUGGACAAGGCUGACCAAUCAGCCCGCUUUGACUCUGCUAGGGGGUGGAUUGUUUGGUCUUCAGCAGAUUCACUUCCACUGGUUUUAAUUUUAUAAAUGCCGUGCGAGUGGUUGGCUGGCUGCCGACCUUAUGACCGACCCAAACUUUCUUUCUGUGUGUCAUCUUGGAUGCUCAGGGCCUCAGUUUUUCAGGUGUCACAUCCCAAAUAAUGUGUGCUGGCUUAAACGCAGACUCGGAGGGCUCUGCUGGUCUGUGAAUCAGGAUGAAUGACCUAUCAGCCCAUUUUUUGUCAUGAGUCUCUUCUCUUAUUUACCAAACGACACGUGAAUGUGUUCUUCCAUGUUAUUAGUAAAUCAUGAGCCCGUUAGGAUUUUGCUUUCUUUUCUUUCUUCUUUUGGUUAAACAAACAGAUCAGAAAUUGUAGAACCAGAUUUAUGACCAGCCUGUCUGAAAAUAUGCCAGUGUGGGAGAAACCUUAUUUGUUUUGUUUGUUUGUUCCUUUGCUGUUGGUCAACAUGGAUCCCAAGAGUAAAAUGAAAUCCAGAGCAUGUUGGGGUGGGCCUUGAAUUGUUAUGUGACUCCACUAAUAGCCUGCAGGUUGAGUACAUACAAUAUAUGUGUUUGUGUGUAUAUGUACAUUUGUGUGAGUGGUAGUUUUUAAAUUCUACCCGGUGAAAAAUAUUAAUAUAACAUUUACAGGACAUCAAAUGUGAGAUGUAGACCGGGUUCUCUCCUGGUAUGUGAUUCUUUUUUUUUCUCUCUCCGUGGUAGCCCAAAAGUGACACAGGAGGAGGGGAAAAAACAACAACAACAAAAAAAAAAACAAGGUAGAGUGACGUGUCUCACUCUGUAUUUGUAACGUCUGAGUGAUUUCAACAGCUUGAGAACUUUUAGAAGGUUAUAAACAUUGGGCUUUAGUUCUAGUAUCGCUCACAGUGGAUAAAAUGCGUAACAUAACCGAAACAGAGUUGAUUCACAUUGUAAAAUAAGUGAAUGUGUGUUCAGUUGGUGGAGUGCCAGCUUAAAGACCGGAGAUGCAAAGUAGCCAACGUCCAUCUCUUUUCUCCAGCAAUACAAAUACUCAGCAAUGUGUCGCCCUUUACUAACUCUCGAGUUUGAACGGGGAACCAGGGACUUUGAACAAACCAAAAAUCAAACACCAGCACAGGGAUGAAAAUAAUACACUGUAGUGAUGAUCCAUUGUAUCUUGUCAUGGCCCUGAGCUGGCGAUAUUGUUUUAUAUGAUUAUUAUUUCUUUUAGCAUGCUGCAUUUGUGAAUCAAAAGGUUUAUCCUAAGAAGAGAUUAGUUAAGCUGCUAGCGUUCGUUUACCUUUGGGACUCGAUAGCUGUACCUUUCUUUAGAAUGUAUAAUUCUGUAUUAGAUACAGCAUACAACAGAAGUGAGUACACCCCUGUGAACUUUUUUUAAUGUUAAAUUUGUUAUUAUUACUUUACUAUUAGUUUGAAUGCCGUUAGAGUUGUUACGUUACAAAACAAAAGACGCUUCACAGUAGAAACUCUGUGCAAAAGAAGUAAGCACACCUUUGACACAUACCCGACACAGUCGCAUCCGAAUGCUUGGUUUUUGGGCUCUGGUGCGGCGCUCGUGUGUAUGUGGGGGAAAGGACAUUAGCUGUGUUGUGAUUUCUGCUACAUUUCUGUGUGAAAUGAUCACUUGGAGAGAAAUCAACAGGUGGUCUGUUCUCUUAUGUCGCUGCUCGUGAAGUGAAAGUUAGGCCGAGUCUAGAAAGGGUAAGGUGACCGUGACGAGCAAGGAAGAUUCCAGUGGAUGUUUAUCCGAUUGAACAUUAAACGACCUUUAACCUGACAGUUCUCUAUUUGCUGCUCAGUCACAUUUUAAUUGGUUACCGUUGCACUGAGUUUUUCAUUUGCGGUGCUUUAACUAUAGCUGGUUUUGUUUCUUUCACAUGAGCUGACAUUUAGGUGAUAUUAAAGAGUGGUGUACUCAUUUCUUUUUAUACUGUACAUAUAUUUUAAAUCAGGUUUCAGUGUGCUGAACUGGGUUUUUUUUUUUUCUGCUUUAGCGAGGGAUUAAAUCUCAGCACCUGUGCAGCCGUUGCACCAGGUUUUCCCGUUUUUUCUAUUCUUAUGCUGAGCUCAAAAACAUGUAUUUUUUUAUUUACAUUUGUUAUUUUCCUUUUUAAAUAAAAGAGAAAAAAAAGCACAGUUGCUGUUGAUUUGUCCUGAUUCACACCUAAUCUUGUUUUCAGUCCUGAAAUGUCUCAUUGUAUUUAUAUUUUGGACAAAUAAUCGCUGUGAGCUGAGAACUAUGAGUCCUCUGAGGUUUCCUGCUUGUUGGAUUGCUGUUGGGGAUGGGGAUGAUUUCAGAAUCACUGGAAAAAAUGAAAAUAUGCACUCACCGACCACUUCAUUAGCUGUACCUGUUCAACUGCUCGUUAACAGCAACUCAACGGGUUUAGGCAAAUGGGUAUGGCCAAGGCCACUUGCUGAAAUUCAGACUGAGCAUGAAAGUGGAGAAGAGAGCUGAUUUAAGUGACUGGUGCCAUACGCUGCUCAGAGUAUUUCAGAACCUGCGGCUCUGCUGGGAUUUCCCCCACAUAACCAUCUUUUGGGUUUACAGAGAAUGUUCUGAAAACGAGAAACUGCCCAGUGUGUGUCAGCUCUGAGUGAAAAUGAAGGUAAAACUUUGCAUGGAUUCAUUAGAUAAAUUACAGCUAUUGCACAAUUUAAAAGAAAAAAAAAGAUUUUGGCGGGGUUAGUUGGGAGGGACUCGCUAAUUUUUCAUACGAUGACCCUAUUUAUAAGGUUCUGCAUAACAGAGGAGACUAAGAAAAAUUUCAUAGCUUUAUUAACUCUCAAAGAGCCCUUCGUGUUUUUCAGACGUAAUUUAAUCCUCCAGAAAAGAAAAGAUUUUACUGACUUAAAGUGGGGGUAUUUUGUGGUAAUAUUUUACUUCUUUUACUGGUUCUGUUUGUUUCUUAUACGGUUCAAUUUAUUUAUGUCAGAAAUUCAAAAAUAUUCAUAUAAUAAAGUAACAAACUGUGCAGUUUUACUGUAAAAAUAAAACUAUUAAAUUUUUGCUCCUCAGUAGUUGUUAUGCAAACUUUAUGCGAACUUAUUUUGAGCAGCCACGUAUCCUGCAGUCAUAAAAUUUAGUGGAAGGAAGAAUCAGAUAACAGACAAUGCAUAAAAUGGGGCAGUUUUGCUUUUCCAGUUAUGAUACACCCCCUGAUGUUUCUACUUAAAUAUGCUUGUAGAAAAAUGGUUCUGGCUUUAGAGCGUGACACUUGGGAGGGAGUGUACAAUUGAUUUGGUUCUGGUUUUAAGAGCUUAAAUAUGUUUUUCAUGUGGCUAUCCCCUGUACUUAAGACAUUAUAUGUCAAAAUAAAAAGCAAAAAGGUUGUGUACUUUCAAGGGGAAAUCUUGCGUGGUUUUAUUUAAUAUUUAACUUUUCUCAGAUCUGAGUUUUUAUGCCAUGAGCCGUGCAGUACUGACCAGCCUCUGCUUGUCUUCACCAGCAGGUGGCUCUGUGGGACUGUGAUCCUCACCUGUUUUCGAUGUGAAGCGUAGACGUGUUUGUUACGGCCCACUCUUUCCUGUUGUCUGUAUGAUAUCGGUGUUUGCUCAUCAAUUAUGUUUGUAUUUACAGCGGUGGAGAGCCUGGAGUAAACCAGUUUGCAGACACUGCCUUCAGAAUUCACAGUGACUGUGAGGAAGGACGUCACAUUAAUUUUCUUUUUGUCUUCAAACUUUUUCCCAAUCUUUUACAAACAGGGGACAUUUUCAUUAAAACCAAUCUUUAAAGUUUAAUUUUCAUUAUUUAAUCUGAGAGAUCCCCACAGAUAAAACCACAAUGCUGUACAGUUUGUGAUUAGCAAACUUUGCGGUUGAUAAAUAACGAGAUUUUGCUCCUGCUAGUGUAAAAUCUUUAACAACAAUAGCCAUCAAACUUUAAAGUUAGGUUAAACAUGUCCAGAGAUGCAUGCGUUUCUUGAGUAAACUUCACCACAGGGGUGUAGCGCAGAUGAUUUGGCAACAGUCUUGGCUAGAACUUCCUGUUUGGGAAAUUAAGAAACAAGCACUGUGCUGUACUUGGUGUACAAGAAUGUAUUUUAAACAGUGAGUGAGUAAUAGCACUCCCAACCACCGCUCUGCUGACGUCAAGGCAAAGAACACGCACCACUAGGAAAACUACAAUCAAGGUGUGACCGGAAGUCCUAAAACCACAAAUGUUUCAACUGAAACUACAAUCUUUCUAAUCUGACUGCGCUGCUGUGACUCAUGCACUGUUUGUGGUGAAAAUGAAUUGUUAUUUUAAUAUUAGACAUGUGUUAAAUGUCACUUUGAUUGUGUUUCCUAUCUAUAUAUGUCAUCUCGGCCUACAUUUUCUGAUGUUUUUACUUUAGUGAGAAACUUAAAGAAAAAAAUGGAGGAAGACAGACGGGCUUAAAUAAAUGUCAGAGGUUCACUGUGUUAUCUCUGCUUCCUUACUCAGCCUAAUUUUCACAAUGCUGACUCCACAUUCACAGCUGACCAAAAAAAGAUAUCAGCCCUGCCCGGCUAACUCUUUCAGCAUAUGUCCUCAGUUUAGUUAUUAACCUGGAACUUCCCAAUAGCUGGCCAGCUGUGAGGGUGGGUGGGGCAAUGGCUGACUGGAAGUCUCUCUUGUAGCCUGCAGUUCAUUUUCACAGGGAGCCGAGCAGGGAUCAGGAAAUUCCUGAAUAAGAGGAGAGUCAGAUCUUUCCAAGAGUGACUCUGCAGAAGUCUGAGUCACCACACUCGGCAGCGCUGUACAAUGGGAGCUCAAUACCACAACGUGUGAGUACACUGUCAUCAGGUGUAUCAUGUCUAUUCAUGCCCUUAUUAUUUCAAAACUCCAAAAACCCAGGAGAGUGAAUAAGACAAAGCUUUCAGUGUUAACUUGUCUUGAAAGGCAACUUGGCUCAAAUUUCCACAACAUUUAAGAUGCAAAUAGUCACGAUCCCUUUUCGGGCUUUAAAAACAAGUUUUUUGGUUUUUUUU